CCACCGAGGCUGUCCUGGGGAGGAAAGCGGGAAGAUGCGCCUUCGCUCGGAACACGGUAGUGGCUGCUUCCGCCGCAGGUCGCUUCCCUGGGAAGUCCGCACGUGCUGAGGCGCCGGCUUGGUUUUGGCAAAGGGCGGGUGGUCGGCGGCGCGAGCCAUGGUCCGCCGGGACGCGGGAGGCAUCCCCAUUGGAUGAGCCCCGCUCACAUGCUCAGCCCCUCUGCCGGCGCCCCUUGUGCACGGGCUGCUGUCCUGAGAUGCGGCGCGCUUUGCGGGCGCCGCCCGUCUCGGGUUGCUGAGCCUGGCAGCCCUUUGGAGCCAGCCCUUUGAGGGAUGGAGCAGCCUCGGCCCUGCCAAGAAACUCUGGACAGCCUGAAUGUGUUCCACACCAAUGACUCGUAUCAUUCUCGUAACUGCAGUGAAGAAGUGGCGACCUACCAAGAUGCCACCCCUCUCUCCUGGAAGGUAGUGCUGACCAUCGUCCUGGCCUUCAUCACUUUGGCCACCAUGCUGUCCAACGCUUUUGUCAUCGCCACAGUCUACCAGACUCGAAAGCUCCACACACCAGCCAACUAUCUCAUAGCGUCUUUGGCCGUCACUGACCUCCUGGUGUCCAUCCUUGUCAUGCCCAUCAGCACCAUGUACACUGUGACUGGAAAAUGGACCUUGGGCCAGAUAGUCUGUGAUAUGUGGCUCUCUUCCGAUAUCACUUGUUGCACUGCUUCCAUUCUCCACUUGUGUGUGAUUGCCCUGGACAGAUACUGGGCCAUCACUGAUGCGGUUGAAUACUCGACCAAAAGGACUCCUAAGAGGGCAGCUGGCAUGAUUGCUUUGGUGUGGGUCUUCUCCAUCUCCAUUUCGAUGCCCCCCUUAUUCUGGCGCCAGUCAAAAGCUGAAGAGGUGGCAGACUGUGUGGUGAACACAGAUCACAUCUUGUACACAGUCUAUUCCACAGUGGGAGCCUUCUACUUCCCCACCUUGUUACUGAUCAUCCUGUAUGGGAGGAUCUACGUGGAAGCCAGAUCUCGAAUUUUGAAACAGACACCAAAGAACACGGGCAAAAGGUUAACCCGAGCUCACUUAAUAACUGAUUCUCCCGGGUCAACUUCAUCAGUCACUUCCAUAAACUGCAAAGCCUCAGAGGCUUCUAGCGAAACAGGAUCUCCCGUAUAUUUGAAUCAAGUCAAAGUGAAGGUGUCAGAUGCCCUGCUGGAAAAAAAGAAACUGACAGCUGCCAGAGAACGGAAAGCUACCAAGACACUGGGGAUUAUUUUAGGAGCCUUCAUUGUGUGCUGGCUGCCCUUCUUCAUCAUCUCCUUGGUGUUGCCUAUUUGUAAAGAUGCUUGCUGGUUUCACAUGGCCAUCUUUGACUUUUUCACCUGGUUGGGAUACCUUAACUCUUUGAUCAACCCCAUCAUCUACACCAUGUCCAAUGAAGACUUCAAACAGGCAUUCCAUAAAUUGGUACGGUUUCGAUGCACAAGCUGACUUUUUGAAUGCAGUUAAGUAUAAUUCUCCAGGGCAGGAGGCUUGACUGCAUUCUGUGCAUCUGGUUCUGCAGAAACACCAUGGAGUCUGUUCUCCAAAUCUGUCAUUGUACUGUUGUGUUGAUGAGAAAAUGCAUUCCUGUGCACUGGCAAAAAUGACUCUUGAUAUUAGG